AUGGGUGAUUGUUUCGGCAUUGUCCUUUCUGGGAAAAAUCCACGCAAAGACAGGAUCAAAUUGAGAUCGUCCUAUAUGAUUUGUGUCUGCUUUUUUGUACUUAUUUCUGCCGUUAACUCUUGUAUUCCAACUCAGCAAGUGGAAACCACAACUACCACAACGACCACGACAACUACCACUACAACGUCUACAACCACAACCACUCCCAUUCCGUGUCCAACAGACUGGGAGCAAUUCGAACGACCUAGUGGGACAUGGUGCAUUAGGGUGUUUGUUGGAUCUGGACCACGUUCAAAUGCAGAUUCCAUGUGUUCUGUGCAGGGAGCAGUCGUCAGUGGUAUUCAAAAUCAGGAGGAGAUAGAUUUCAUAGUUGGUUCCUGGAUCUCUAUGUAUGGUUCAACCGGUUCCAUGUGGGUUGGUGCUCAGAGAACUGCCGCAUGUUGGACUUUACAAGGCCAGACCGCAGCCUGCUCAAAAACCACUUCUUUUGAAUGGACAGACAACUCGGCGACCGGUACCGAUGGUUAUGUUUGGAAUAGUGCAGUGGAGCCGAACAAUGUAGGCGGAAUGGAACAAUGUCUAGUUUUGACCUGGACAGGCCUGAUGUCUGAUCAAACAUGCGCUCGUACUGAUUAUGUUGGUUAUGUGUGUGGAAAAGCGCCAAUGUGAAUACGCUGCGGGGAGAUUUCGCUUCAAGUUGCUUCAAUCUGAUAGUGAGCUACCCACUAGGCUCGGUCCCUGGCGUCCAAAAACAUGAUCCAACGAACACGAAGUCUGUUUUCGGCUUCAGUUCCAGGUCCAUGACCCACCUAUCCCCAAGCCUUUCUAAAAAAGACAAUCCGAUCAAUAGGCCUGCCUAUUGAUUUUUUUGGUUUACAUCACUUGAAGUAACUCGAAGCAAAAUCCCCACAAGUUACCUUUAAUAAUAAUAAAACAUUUUGAAUAUGGUU